AUGAGCUCCCUCGGCGAGGCAGUCUACUGCACGCUUCUGAUAACCGAUGAUUAUCUUCCCGGCGCCGUCGUUCUCGCUCAUUCGCUACGCGACAAUGGAACAAGAGCUAGGCUGGUCGCUCUCUUUACCCCGGAAACGCUGAAAGAGUCGACAAUAAAAGAGCUACAGUCCGUCUAUGAUGAAAUCAUCCCCGUCCCGCUCAUAACAAAUAGCGCCCCUGCCAAUCUCUAUCUGAUGGAUCGCCCCGACCUGAUUUCUGCGUUUACAAAAAUUGAACUUUGGCGGCAGACGCAAUUCUCGAAGAUCGUCUAUAUAGAUGCUGAUGUUGUUGCGUUAAGAGCGCCUGAUGAGCUUUUGUCUCUGGGGGAAGAUUUCGCCGCCGCUCCCGACAUAGGCUGGCCUGAUAUUUUCAACAGCGGUGUUAUGGUGCUGCGCCCUAACAUGCAGGACUAUUACUCUCUUUGUGCUUUGGCAGAAAGUGGGACCAGCUUUGAUGGCGCCGACCAAGGUCUUUUAAACAUGCAUUUCAACAGGUGGCAUCGACUGAGCUUUACAUACAACUGCACGCCGAGUGGGAACUAUCAAUAUCUUCCUGCGUACAAGCAUUUCGAAAGUACUAUAAGUCUCAUCCAUUUCAUUGGAUCGCAGAAGCCUUGGAAUCAAUCACGGCACGUCUUUACUGGAAACACGCCUUAUUAUCAGCUUCUAGGGAGGUGGUGGGCUACAUAUGAUCGCCAUUAUCGGCCGCAGCCACUUUCCUACAGGGCAAACAACACCCUGCACGAGCCUUUGAGCACUUCGCAAGCUAGCAUAUCUCCCUCAUCGUCAGGAUACAUGCAUACUACUUCUUGGACUCAACCAAGUCUUUCGCCAAGCAUAUCGGGCGUUUCUUCCACCAUACCGAGUUAUUCAAAAAAUGAAACACGGGAACAAAUUGCCGAGGAUCUCCAUGUUUUGCGACGUUCGCCAGUGUCGGAAGGGUUUGACGAGUCUAAAUCAUUUUCGCCGCCAGAACUCGUUCAUCCUCAACCAGUUCAUUCACUAACAUUGCCACAGAGUGAGCAGUCAGUACCAGAACCAAAAAUAGCAGUCCCAAGCGUGGUCCCGCUCUACGUUCAAGGUGAAGAACAGUCAUCUGUUUUUGUACCAGUGCAGAGUGGACGCUACGAGAUUUCUGAAGCCCUUCGAGCUCAAUUCCCACAAACAGAAAAGCCACAAGUGGCUCAUAUUUCAGAGCCAGAGGUUUCGGUGGUGCAACAAACAGUCCAGCAUGUGCAACCCACUUUGACGGAGCCUCCUGUAGAGAGGCCUUUCUCUCCACCCAAGACAGAAUGGGAUGCGCGACGAGAGCCACCUCCCCUUCAUUCUAAACCGGAGGCGGUUGACUUGCGCACACAAACAUACACCAUGUCGGACGAUACACAAUUGUUUCAGCCACCCUCGUCUUAUCCAGAAGCCCCCAAGGAUAUGUAUUACGAAGUUCCGGCCAGAAAACCCGAACCACAAAAACUGGCCCAGAUAUUCCCUUGGGAGACUCGUGCCCCUAAACCCUCUCGAAUAUUUGCUGACGAGCCGGCACAAACAAGUGCCCCUCCAGAUCCUGAGACGGAUGGCCCUAGUCAGCCUGAACCAGCUUCACCAGAGACUUCUUUUCAAUCGGAUCUUGCGUUGCGACUGAGCUCUUGGGAGAGCUACUCUCGAAGCAACGCAUGGGAUGAAGUUCCUGAGAUUGAAAGAUAUGUGGAAGCUAUCCAGCGGCCCAAGACAGGGAACAGCUCAGGAACUAGACGUUCUAAGCCAAGCCUUCGAAUAACAGACUUCCCAACGGUGGAUGACCGACCGAGUCUUCCGGUCACUCCUGCACCCGUACGACGGUCGUUUUGGGGCCCGGGUGCCGGAGGGGCUGACGAAUUUCCGGUUGCAGAGGGGGUUCCAGACCAGGAGGACUGGGAGCUGUCUACUCAUUCUGGGAAUUCACAGAACCCGCUAGCUCAGCUAGAAGAGCUUCAGAAACGACAGUCGGAGCUGUUCGCACCGCCAACAGUGCUGUCACAAAACCCUCCAGAGUUGUCCGACGAGACUGAACAAUCGGCUGAUGUGAAGUGA